AUGCCGGAAUUGCCUGCACAGGCCAGGGGUAUGAGUACUGGCCGGGAUACGGACAGGGUCUAUUAUGAGCACUACUUUGCAGGCAGUGACAACACUUUGUGGAAGACAAUGGAAAGCUGCAUCCGUAUGCUCAGUCGUCGAUAUGCCAUAUCGGACCUUUCUAUUGAGCACUUUGAGAUAGAAAUCCGUGACAUCUGGUACAUCUUCAUCUUAGCGAGUCAGAACAUCGAUGUCAACCAUCCUGCCCAAGACCGGCUCACUCGUAUCGUUUUUCUGGCACGGGAGUACAAUACCAUCCAAAGGGUGGUAACUGGCGUACCGCAUACGCAAAGCGCCAUCACAAGUCACGGACACAUCUGGCAAGACCUUCCCUUUCUUAUCCAGGAUGUCCGUGAUGCUUGGAAGGGGGUUAUAACGAGCCCGUCUUCGUCCUCGUCCUCGGCACACCGUCGCAAUCUCACAGCAGGUAUUGCUAGAAUGGCGGGGGUGGGCCUAUGUGAGACUGCUUUCGGUCAAUGUGGCCUAGGAGUGAUGAAGAUGGCCCUCGAGUCACCUGAAGUCUGGUUGAUGUACGCCGGCGAUCAGAUUUCACGGCUAAGUCAUCGCCAACAAAUCGGCCGAUGGGACAUGGAGCAUCGCAAAACCAGAUUUAUAUUCUGGAAAGAGAGACUAGCAGAUAUCAAUGCCCAGGCUGUGCGAGAGAUAGGUGUGGAAGCUCAAUGCGCCAACAUGAUCACCAACAUCUGGGACAGCUUUUAUGGUCGCGCAUGUUACUGGUCAACGAGCCGCACUUCUCGGGAUAGGAUGAAAGUGGGUUAA